AUGCAGAAUACAGGGUGCGGCAAUGCUAUGCUUAUUUCAGCCCUUGACUCCGAUGACACGGGCACUUUGAGUAUCCUCAACGGCCUGUUCAAGUUGACCAAUUACAUGGCUCAGGCUGCCUUUGGAGAUGCUUCGGGAUCAAAUGGUACCGAAGGGAGUGGGAGUCACGUCCCUGCUGUCGGCACCGGGGCUGCUCCCGGAUCCGAAGAGUGCUUGGCUAAGUCCGGCUUGAGAAAACACUAA